UGACGUCAACACGUGGGCUAAACGGGUAUCAAAUAUAAAAGGCUAUCAUCGCCAUCGCGACUGGGAUUGGAUGGUAAUCGAGGUAGGGGUUGGAAGCAUCUAAUGGAAAGGCUUGGCCGAGCUGAUGGUGGUGACGCAUGGUCGAAUUUGAAUGGAUGGUCACUUAAAAUCGAGAGGAGAUCAAGGGUACGUGGAGAAGGCAGCACGGGGGCAACACGACGUUGCAAAACGCUCGACAGCAAUGUUCGUCGUGAAGCUGUGCUGAAACGACUUCGGUAUUAGGUGGUGGUGGGGGGUGGGGGGAGGUGGGGAAGGAGAGACUCGCUCAUCUCCCAGUAGUGGUGAUGACACUGUGGAAGUAGGGGCAGAAUGUCCCACUGAAUGGAUUGAAUGAUCGUUGAUGGGGUGAAAGGUGCGCGCGCGCACAAGUGGGGAGGAGGAGGAGGAGGCUGUCCUGUGAGGGUGGUAGUCGACUGACCUGGCGCACCACGACAGGAGAGGAGGUGAGACGCUGUCGAAUCGAAAGGUAGGGAGGGAGCGGGGGGAUGAUGGCUCUCUCGCCGCCACACCACAGGCGAUCGCCGGCGCGGUCAAGAGGCCGAUCGCGAUCGCUAUCUCGUUCGCGAUCGAGAUCACGGUCCCGAUCCCGAUCCGAGUCGCCGAUCGUGCGGCGGAAAUCCAGUCCGCAUGGGAGAUCCCCAUCGCCGCGCUCGAAGAGGCUGAGGAAAGCAAAGGAAACGGUGGCGGUACGGGCGACCUCCUUGUCGCCACCGCGCCGCACACGACGUCGUCGGACAUCGUCGCCAUCUCCAUCGCCAUCGCCAUCUCCUCCCCCGGCGGCGGCCUUGCAACGGUCAUCUUCCCAGCGCCAGGCCCAUCGACAUCAUCAUCACCAUCAUCAUCAUCAUCGAGGGGACGGUGACGAUUCCCCGCCGCGGAACGGAGCGGAGGGUAGACAUCAUCAUAGCCUGACGGAGGAGGAAGGGCACCCUCGAGGCCGGAGAGGAGGAGGAGGUUCUCCGCCGCCGUCGCGUCGUGGGGUUUCGCCAUCAUCGAAGAGGGGUGCAGAUAGAGACCUUGAUGCUGGUCAUAGGAGAGGGAGGGAGAAGGAUAUGGAGCCCCGAUCGUCGGUCCCGACUUCUGGUGGUGGUAGUGGUGGUCCAAGUGCUGUUGGUGCUGCGGCCGCACAUGGAGCGAUGUCCCGUGCUGAGGCGAAGGAGUUGAGUGGUUCAGAUCAGAAAUCGGGGAGGGGAAAUGCGUCCAGCGUCUCUGUCUCUGAAGGAGACAGACCAUUCCGGAGUGGCAAUGCCAGGGAGAUAUCAGGAGUAGAAGCGGAGCCGCCUAUGGACUCCAUAUCCCGUAUGGAAGCUGCAGCAAGUGCGUUGGAGAACGCAGCAAAGGAGAAAGCGAAACCGUCAUUCGAGCUCUCAGGGAAGCUUGCAGCAGAGACGAACAAAUUCCGAGGUGUCACACUGCUGUUUACGGAACCUCCUGAAGCAAGGAAACCUAUGAUUAGAUGGCGACUGUAUGUCUUCAAAGAAGGAGAGCCCUUCAAAGAUCCACUCUACAUUCACCGUCAGAGCUGCUACCUGUUUGGGCGUGAGCGAAGGGUUGCCGAUGUUCCAACAGACCACCCAUCAUGCAGUAAGCAACAUGCUGUCAUCCAAUACCGGCUAGUAGAGCAAGAAGAGGCUGAUGGAACGACAUCAUCGAAAGUCAGGCCUUAUGUGAUGGACCUGGGAAGCACAAAUGGAACAUACCUUAAUGGCGAGAGGAUUGAAGCACAAAGAUAUUACGAGCUGUUCGAGAAGGAUACGAUCAAGUUUGGGAAUAGCAGCCGAGAAUAUGUACUGCUGCAUGAGAAUUCCGCUGGCUGAUGGCAUUUUUGCAUGUGGGAUCAUAGUCUUCAAAGCAUUGCUGCUGCGAGAGGGGCAUCAAAGGUGGAGGGGAGAAAAACGCAAGCAGAAAAACAUUGAUGUUGCAUGACUUUUAAAUCCAUGGAUGGAUGAUGCGCACAACCAGAGGGAAACCUGCGUCCAUUGGAGGGAUCGGAUGUGUUCUGCAGGUUUGACAAUGGCGAUUGUGAAGGGUCUCCAGGAGUCUGACGAAGGAGGUGGUUAAGGGGUGAGAGGUGUUUCUCUGGACCCACAUCGACAACCUGCUAUCGCUGAAGAGGUUCUUCACCGAAUCGCGCCCCAAAACCCUUUCUCUCGACCACAUUGAGAAGCUACUAGCGCUGAAGAGGUCCUUCAUCGAAUCGUGCCCAAAAAACAUCGACUCAAAGAGUCGAGCCUAGACGGUUGUAACAAGAAGGAUGUGAAGGAGGUGGUUAAGGGGUGAGAGGUGUUUCUCUGGACCACAUUGACAAAUUGCUAGCGCUGAAGAGGUCCUUCAUCGAAUCCUGCCCAAAAAACAUCGCCUCAGAGAGUCGACACGGUCGUAACAAAGAAGGAUGUGAAGGGUCCAUUGACUCCAUUUCAAAUUCACAACAGGGGUCAUGGCAGUGAUACGGUGCCAUCGGCAAGCUUCUUGAGCGGCGAUCGGUUGGCAUGGCAACCUGGUGCAGGUAUUCUGAGAUGUUCAGUCGUGAGCUUUUCCUCACUGCCAAUCCAGUGGAAUUAAUGCAUGCAUGUAUUCUACAUUGUCGUCUACGGAUGACGGGGAUACCAUCGGGCCUCUGAAAUGGAGGGUGACGUGGCAAGAAGGUAGAAGUAUGCUGCAAGGUAGUUGGACAGUCAUGGAAGUAGUGAGUGCUACACCAUUUCGAGCAUAUCGUGGAGGGUGACGCGGCAAGAAGGUUGAAGUAUGCUGCAAGGUAGUUGGACAGACAUGGAAGUCGUGAGUGCUACAACAUUUCCAUCAUAUCGUUGAGCUCUUUCCGCCUCAAAAAGCUAAUAGUUUUGGCAUGGAGGCCACAACAUGAGUGUGAUAUACCUGUGCGCAUGAUAUCCAAGCAGACAGCAUCAGUCCAGUGCUGGUGUGAUGGAUGUGCGCCCCUGUUCACGAGUCCAUGGUGUGCCCAGCUGCCAUUCUCGAGCAUGGAGCAUUCAUUGCAUCUGCCACGCUGGUGUGGUCUGCAGCUGAACGGAUACCCUUGCCUGCGUAGCAAGACGCUGGAGGAGUAUGCUUGGUGCACACGUCUCCUUCCUUCCUUCCUUCCUUCCUUCUCCAUCAUGGAAUGAACAUGUCCCUGAAACUGGCAUGGUGCAUGCACACGAGCAGGUGAAUGCUUGUCAAAAGUAUGGAGGGAAUCAUAGCUGCUGCUGCUCCCACAGUAUCUAUGAUAGCCUUCCAUGCUGCAUGUUUUACAGCAGAAGGUCCUUGCCACUGGUCCCCGAGGCGUGUUGAUGCUGACAGAUUGAGAAUGUAGGGUUGUGCAGUGAGAGUGCUCGGAGCCGUCGAAUGGGUGGGCGUAUGUUGUCUAAUCAGUAUUUCACUAUUUUGGGUCUGUAAAAGUUGGGUUUGUCAGGAAAAAGAAAAGAAAAAGUGUGCGCCGCAUGCGUUUCGCUUGAUUGUAUCUGUGGCUUUCAUGUUGUACUGAACUGUUGCACAAAGGGUCCUGUUUCAUCAAUUGAAAACUC